AUGUUCGCCGCCAUGAACAUGGGCCCGACGCCCCUCAUGGCGAACGAAGUCCCGCUCCGUGACACGACGCGUGGCAUGCUCCGCGAAGUGCUCUCGAAGCUCAACCGCAUCGAGAGCGCGGUCGCCAACCCCAAGCGCGAUGGCCCGGGCGUCGAUGUCGUCCUCGGUGCGCAGUGGGGCGAUGAAGGCAAGGGUAAGCUCGUCGACAUGCUCUCGCAAGAGUACGACGUGAUUGCGCGUGUCGCCGGCGGUGCCAACGCUGGCCACACGAUUGUCUGCAACGGCAAGAAGUACAAGUUCCACUUGGUGCCGAGCGGUGUCUUGAACGACAAGGCGGUCUGCGUCAUUGGCAACGGCGUUGUCGUGCACCUCCCGGCGCUCCUCAAGGAGCUCGAGAUGCUCAAGGAGGCUGGCGUCGACUGCGACGGUCGCGUCCUCAUCUCGGACCGCGCGCACAUGGUGCUCGACUUGCACCAGGAAAUCGACGGCCUCAUGGAGAACCGCCGUGGCCGCAACAAGAUUGGCACGACCAAGAAGGGCAUCGGUCCGGCGUACUCUAGCAAGAUGCUCCGCAACGGCGUCCGCGAGAACUACCCGGACCUCGACUUGGAUGUGGAAGCCGAGAUUGAGCGCUAUCGCGUCCUCAAGGAGCAGAUCCUCCCGAUUACGAUCGACUCGGUCGAGUACCUCAACAAGGCCUAUGUCUCGGGCAAGAAGAUCCUUGUCGAAGGCGCCAACGCGACCAUGCUCGACAUCGACUUUGGCACGUACCCGUAUGUGACGUCGUCCAACCCGUCGAUCGGCUCGAUCUGCACGGGCGGUGGUAUCUCGCCCAACCGUAUCAACGGUAUCAUCGGUAUCGUCAAGGCCUACUGCACGCGCGUCGGCGAGGGUCCGUUCCCGACCGAGCUCCACGACGAUGUUGGCGCGCACCUCGGCACGGUCGGCGCCGAGUUUGGCACGACGACCGGUCGCCCGCGCCGCUGCGGCUGGCUCGACAUUCCCCAGAUGAAGUACUCGAACCUCGUCAACGGCUUCACCGAGAUCAACCUCACGAAGCUCGACGUGCUCACGGGUCUCAAGGAAGUCAAGAUCGGUGUCGCCUACUGGCACAACGGCAAGAAGCUCGCGGGCAUGCCCUCGAACCUCCAGCCGCUCGAAGAGUCGACGGUGCAGUACGAGACGCUUCCCGGCUGGUCCGAGGACAUCUCCAAGUGCCGCACGUUUGAGGAGCUGCCGUUGAACGCGCAGAAGUACGUGCUUCGUGUCGAGGAGCUCCUUGGCACGCACAUCAAGUGGAUCGGCGUCGGCCAGGACCGCUUGGAUGUCAUUGAGCGCGCCCGCCCCUCCCCAAGACGACAACCGCCGAUGCCACCGGUCCGCGGCUUGCACAAGAAGACAAAGGCGAAGAAGGGCCAGCAUGCAGACGCCCCGAGAGUCGCGGCGAUGGUCUCGGAGAACGUGUCGGGCGCGGUGCUCGCGGCGCGGGAUGCAGAAAAGUGCAUCGAGUACCUCCACGGCGCGCUGCGACGCGACGGCUUUUGGGAGCCGUCGCCGCCGCUGGCCGGUUUUCUGUCGCUGCCGUUGCCGAGCUUUGAGCUUGGGCACGUCGAGAGCAAUGCCGUGUGGUGCACUGUCCUCGUCCUCGUGCAUUGCAUGACGCGCACGUGGCUCUUCGCCCAGCGCUUCUUUGCGGCUGGCACGACGCAGCUCGUCAAGCGCGCGUGCUCGCUCUUUCCCAACGACGUCGACUACAAGGCGAUGCUGGCCACCAUCUUUGCGCGCGCGGGCGACGGCUCGGCCGACGAGGCGCCUGCGCAAAGGGGCAACUGGGUCCAGCUCGUGCUCGAGACGCCGCCGUACACCACCUACUACUGGAACCAAGUGACGCGCGAGACGCGGUGGGAGCACCCACUGGACCCGCACGUCUUGACGCCGGACGAGGUGGCGGCCGCGACGGCGGCCGCGGAGGCCAAGGCCGCCAAAGACGAGCGCAUCGCCGCCGUGUUGCCGCAGCGCAUCCGCAUCAACAAAGCUACGUACAUGGCACCGCGCCCGACGGCGUGCGAGGCGUGCGGGAAAGGCAUUCUCGCCACCGUGCUCUGCGUCGCGUGCGACGAGUACGAGUGCGACGACUGCUGCGACGCCAUUCAUAUGAACGUCCGCAAGGCCCACCAUAUCCGCGAGAGCUUUCGAUUCCUGUCGUGCUAUGGCCGAAAAGGGCUGCCGUACGUACGGCCCAGUGCGCGCGUGCCACCGUCGUCGACGUCGACGUCGUGA